AUGGCCUUCACAUGCAGACGAAGCAUUGGUGAUCCCGCAAAACGCUGCGCACUCUGCUGCUGGCCUCUGCAGCAGGUCAGAGCUACACGCAUCGUCGAGAGUGAAGCAAUUGGCGAUGAUGUUGUGCUGACUGCAGGGAAGGAGGAGGAGGAGGAGGAGGAGGAGGAGGAGGAGGAGGAGGAGGAGGAGGAGGAGGAGGAGGAGGAGGAGGAGGAGGAGGAGGAGGAGGAGAAGAGGCUCAAGCACUUUGACUCAGUAAAGAGUUAA